AUGGCAACCCUCAGCAAGGAGCAGCAGACCGAGUUCUACCAGCACGUGGCUCAGGUCAAGAAGGACAUUGACGAGAGAGUAGCGGAUUCAGACUCCAUGCCCAGCUCACCCGAGUUGGCGUCGUCAGUUAGCUCUAGAGACAGUGUCUCCUCCAGCAUCCCAACUCCCAUAUCUCCCAUCGAUUCUUCUGCUGUUGCCGACUCUUUUGUCUUUGCAUUUGAUAUCGAUGGCGUGCUUGUCCGAGGCGGUCGCCCUAUCCCAGAGGCUAUCGAGGCUAUGAAAGUCCUUGACGGCGAGAACGAAUACGGAAUGAAGAUUCCUCAUAUUUUCUUGACCAACGGUGGUGGCAAGACUGAAGAAGAGCGCUGCCAAGAUCUAUCAAAACAACUCGAGCGAGAGAUCAAGCCCGGCCAGUUCAUCUGCGGACACACUCCCAUGAGAGAAAUGGCUGAGAAGUACGGCACGGUCCUUGUCAUUGGAGGCGAGGGUGAGAAGUGCCGUUUCGUCGCCGAAGGAUACGGCUUCAAGGACGUCGUUACACCAGGCGACAUCAUCAAGCACAACGCCGCCACAACACCCUUCCGGAAGCUGACACCUGAAGAGCUUGCCAACUCCCGUGAGCGAGAUUUCGAUGAUGUUGUCAUCGAUGCCGUCUUUGUGUUCGCCGACUCUCGUGACUGGGCCGGUGACAUUCAGAUCAUGCUGGAUGUGGCCAUGUCUAAGGGAGGGCGACUUGCAACUCGCAGCGAGACGUUUGAUGAGGGCCCCCCAUUCUACUUCUCUCAUAACGAUGUCGUCUGGUCUGCUGCCCACGAGCAUGUCCGUCUCGGCAUGGGAGCUCUCCGACGCAUGUUUGAAAUCACAUUCAAGGACCUCACUGGCGGCAAGGGCAAGCUGCACACGCACGCCUUUGGCAAGCCUCAAGUCUCGACGUUUGAGUUUGCCGAGCGACUGAUGCAAACCUGGCGAAGCACCGAGCACGGCAUCUCUGGUCCUCCCCAGACGGUGUACUUUGUUGGUGAUACACCAGAGAGCGACAUCCGUGGCACCAACGCCAUCAAUGACGUUGCCGACAACGAUUGGUACAGCAUCCUGGUCAAGACCGGUGUGUAUCAGGAGGGCACAGAGCCGACUUACAAGCCUCGCGCUACCGUGUCUACCGUUCUUGAUGCCGUGAACCACGGUAUCCAGCGUGAGAUGCGCAAGAAGGUGGUGUCAUCGCUCAAGCGAGACGUUUUGGGCAAAUCAGACUGUGUUGCAGCUGACCCAGCCAUCUUUGAUGAAGACAUGCUUGUCUCUGCAUAA